UCCUUCGUUCGUUCCCCUCCCACUCUCUGCCUGUCGCUCUAAGAUUAAAAUUGAAAAAAUAAUACGGUCUCUCUGAGUCUGAAAAUGGCUCCGAAAUCUCGAACAUUUCUCGGACAUCAUGGUUACGAUUUGAUGUUGGGAUCAGUUGCUGCGUUCUAGAUGAUCACGAUCUCGUAUGCCAAGGUUGAAGAAAGUUCCAACGUUCAGUUUACUCCUACAGGUACCAUGACUUUUGCAUUAGGUCAGACUAUGUAAUUUAGAGAAGAUUACUCUAUUCAGGAGCAACUUGUUUCUGUACCGACUAACAUACAUUCACUGGCAAAUGCCAUUGGACAUUGAAUGUUGCAGAAGCGCAUAUCUUUGUUGUUAGUUAGUUUGUAUGGAUGCAUGACAUGAAAAGAUAAAUUUGGCUUCGUUUGGAGUGGGUGUUGUCAAGAAAGAGAAAUUCCAGUAAUGGGCAGUAAAACUAUGUUUAAAUGGUCAAAACAGGUAACACCCUCCCAAGUUGAGCAGUUGAUACGAGCUGAAAGGGACGUAAAAAAAGCUAUUCUAAUAUUUGAUUCGGCGACAGCUGAGUAUGCUAAUGGAUUUCAGCAUAAUCCUAACACCUUUAGUAUAAUGAUCUCCAAAUUAGUCUCAGCAAACCAGUUCAGACCAGCAGAAGAGCUCCUUAAUAGAAUGAAGGAGGAAAAGUGUGGUAUUACAGAAGAUAUCUUCCUCUCAAUCUGCAGGGCCUAUGGUCGCGUUCACAGGCCACUGGAGGCCAUUAGGGUCUUCAACAAGAUGGAGGACUUCCAGUGCAAACCCACCGCGAAGUCUUACAUUACAGUAUUUGCCAUUCUUGUUGAAGAAAACCAGUUAAAGGUGGCUCUAAGAUUUUAUAGGCAUAUGAGAGAAAUAGGUAUUCCACCUAGUGUUGCUUCCCUUAAUGUAUUGAUUAAAGCCCUUUGCAAGAACAGUGGGACUAUGGAAGCUGCUCUUCGGAUAUUUCGCGAGAUGCCCAAUCGUGGUUGUACUCCAGAUUCAUAUACAUAUGGUACUCUAAUUAACGGGUUAUGUAGAUUGGGAAAGAUUGGUGAAGCGAAGGAGCUGUUCAAAGAGAUGGAGACAAAAGGUUGUUCUCCCAGUGUUGUGACCUACACUUCUUUGAUACAUGGUUUUUGCCAGUCUGGAAAUUUGGAUGAAGCUAUUGGAUUGCUCGAUGAGAUGACAAGCAAAGGUAUUGCGCCAAAUGUGUUUACCUACAGUGCUUUAAUGGAUGGUCUGUGCAAGGGUGGUUGUUCUUCACAAGCCAUGGAACUACUGGAGAUGAUGAUGAGCAAGCGCCUUCGGCCCAAUACGAUAACUUACAGUUCUCUGAUUCAUGGACUCUGUAAAGAAGGAAAGCUUCAAGAAGCUUUGGAGAUUCUUGACAGGAUGAAGCUUCAGGGAUUGAAACCAGAUGCAGGGUUGUAUGGGAAGAUCAUUAGUGGCUUCUGUGAUAUUUGCAAGUUCCAAGAAGCUGCGAACUUCCUUGAUGAAAUGGUCCUUGGGGGAAUCUCACCAAACCGAUUAACUUGGAGCCUUCAUGUUAGGAUUUAUAAUAUGGUGGUCCAAGGCCUUUGUACCAAUGGAGAUCCGAAUCGGGCUUUUCAGUUAUACCUUAGCAUGCGGACUAGGGGUAUCUCCAUUGAUGUUGGAACUUUUGAUUUUCUAGUCAACUGUUUCUCUAAUAGAGGAGACUUACACAAGGCCGCUCACAUUGUUGAUGAGAUGGUGACCGAUGGAUGUAUUCCAACUGAGGGAACAUGGAAUGCAGUGUUUCAUGGAUUUUGGGAUCGAAGGAAGGUGCGGGAAGCUGUUGAACUUUUGCAGGUCAAGCUGAUGAGCGAAUUUGCUGAGCCUGAAAUAUAGAUCUGAAAUGAGUUCUAUGAAUUAGUAAGUGCUCUUUGUGUAUGGAUUCUAUUCUUUCUAAUCAUCAAAUUAUUUGAAUCACAUUAGCAUCUCUUUGAACUUCAGAAUCUUAAUUCGCCUAUCAGAUGAAUGAUACGUUUUAAAUUGUAGGAGUUGUUGUUUGAUGGAGUUUUAUCAUUAACAUGCCAAAGUAACAGAUAUUGUAUUAAAAAAUGUAUCAGGCUGUUUGAUAUUCUCUGGAAAACUGACUUGCAGUCCUUAAAACCGUACCCAGACCAUCCUUUAGAACUAUCCAAUCAGGAGGUGUUGUGAUUAAGAGUUAUUUCUACAAAAACACCCUAGAUGUUGGGACUGGAACUCAUAGACAGUCCAUGGUGUUUAUUACGCCGAUGAAAUCUUCAUGUUCUGAUGGGAGAGAUAUUUUGUUGAUUUUUGGAAUAAAAUAGAGGUGUGCUACAAAGUUGAUUUCUGAAUUUUUGUUGCCUAACUAAAUAGCAUUUUAUGGAAUGUGCCUCAAUGGAGUACUUUGGCGUAGAGCUGUCCGCUGUUUAGCCAGUGUAGGUUCUAUUUAAGUGGGGUCCUGGAAGGGGUGGCUUGGAUACAGUCCUCUUCUUCAGCAUUUCUUUUGCGUGUUUGCCAUGAUUUGUAGAUUAAUUGGUAUUGAAUAUUCCUUUUUCUUCUUCCUUCUUUAGUGAAAAUAUGUGUGUGUGUGAGCGCGUGCGUGUGUGUGCUAUGUAAGAAUUCAGAGAUUCAACUCUGCCCUUUCUGCUUUUAGCUAAGCAAGCUUCUACUGGCAUGUUGAAAACCUUGCCUUCCUACAUACACUUUUAAUGGCACACUUCCUCUUUCAAAACCCAGAUUAUCACUUUGGAAUUAUCAAAUCAGCAAACAUGCUUUAUGUUGCUUGUACAAAUUGCCUUGGAUGAAUGAGGUGAUAAGUAAUUUUCAGUGUCCAAAUGCAUUCUAUGGCUUAUGCUAAUUCCUAGUAUGUAUUGAGCAUUGACAUGGCUGAAAUGAUCAUUUUGCAAAUACCUUUUUUUUCCCUUUCUUUUUGACAACUGGAAUAUGGUAGUCCUUAUUGAAACAAUUGUGAAAUAAUUUAAUCCUGUGGUGUCAAUCUUCAUUUUGGUUGAAGCAAGCACUGCAGCUGGUUUGCAUGAGAAGCUCAUGUGUGUGCAUGUGAAAUUUGAUUUAUGCUAUUCAUGUCCGGUCAUUAUCCUAUUACUGUAUUACAUAAACUAAAAUUUGGUACAUUCUUCACUAUGGAUUUUAAUGCAUUGCAAUGAUCUGUGACUAAAAAUGAUUGACAUUCAUUCAAACUCACGCAGCAUACACGAGAGCCCAUUAUUUGCAGUGGAAUAGUGAUUAUGUUUUAAAAUCCUACCCCAACCCUCUAAGUUUCAGUAUAAUG